UACAAGUCACCCUGUACUGGUAUACCUGAUCACAGACACCAUCACUCACUCACCAAUCAGAGACUCGAUUCACACACACACGCCCACAGUUACCUGUUCUGAACACCUGGAUCCCUUGUUUCUUUCUGAAGGAUCCUCUGCAGUACUGAAGAGAACCCUGGUCUGCCAGAGAACCAUCUCUCUGGGACCUAAAAGACACCACACUGGUAGCAGUCAUUUUCUGAGUCUAACUCUUUAAGGCACACAGGCCGUCUCUACAACGCAGAUUAAAAUGGCAUGCUUCACAUUCUUCAAAUGUAUGAUGGUCUUGUUCAACUUGCUUAUCCUCCUGGGGGGUCUGACCCUGCUGGGUGUGGGGAUUUGGAUGCGUGUGGAUAAGGGUUUGUUCCUACAGGUGCUGAGUCCCUUCUCCACCCUCGACACGCAGUUUGUCAAUGUGUGCUUCUUCUGCAUCGCUAUUGGAGGAGUGCUGGUUCUACUGGGUGUACUGGGCUGCUGUGGAGCCCACAAGGGGAGCAAGUGUCUGCUGCUACUGUUUUUCUCCAUCAUCCUGAUUAUUUUCAUCGCUGAAGUGGCAGCCGGAACGGUGGCCCUCGCCUACUCUUCAUUUGCCGAGGGGAUUCUUAAAGCAUGGGCCACCCUUGUCUUGAAGAACCAGUAUGGCAGCGAUCCGGUGGUCACCAAGAUCUGGAACAGCACCAUGACCGAGCUGAACUGCUGUGGCUUCACCAACUACACAGACUUUACUGACUCGUACUACUCUGAGCAGAGUGAGGGCAGCUACCCACCCAGCUGUUGCCAGCUAGACACUGCCCCCUGCAGCCAGCAGCAGGCAUGGCACAGUGCUGUUCAGGGCUGUUUCGAACAGCUGUUGAAGGCCCUUCAGAAGCAUGCCAACAUCGUAGGUGGAAUAGCCGUAGGCAUCGGAGGGCUAGAGGUGGCAGCGAUGCUGGUAUCCAUGUACCUGUACUGCUAUCUGGACAACAAUGUCAGCUGAGACUUUGUAUUGGACAGACAAUAUGUUGUUAUGUACUGUGAAAGGUUAAUAAUAGUGAUUGAAGUGCCAUCAUAUCUGAUAGGUUGCCUUGAUGUUUUUAUCUUCAAAUGUAUAUCAGUUAUCCAUUAUUUCACGUUUACUAAUCAAGUGAGAUGUCUUUUUAAUUAAUAGCACACAAAAGCCAAAACAUAGUACUGUAAUUGUGUG